GCUUAUACAGAUCAGACGACAGCGCUAGCAUAGCGCAAUAGCAGCUACAGCACAGACACACAUGUUUAUCGAUCCGUUUGGAAACUCCGAAGCCACUGCAUUUCUUGCUUAAAAAUCAGCAUCAACCUAUAUUUUUCAUCAACAUGGACGGUACAAAAGCUGCGAACAAGAGGUCUCUGCCCAAUGAUGCUGGAGAUGGGCUCGAAGGAAAGUUGAAGAAAGCGUACCAUGGUAACAACUACAUGAAGGAGGAUAGUGAUGGUUGCACGUCCAUCUGCUUUGGGCUCAAGGAAGAGGUCGGAAUCUUGGCCAGGACGCUUAAACUCUUUGAGGAGAGAGGAGUAAACCUGACCCACAUCGAGUCCAGACCAUCCAAGAGGAUCCCUGGGAGCUAUGAGUUCCUGGUAACCAGUGAAGCGCCUCCUACUGAGCUUGAGGACACCCUGGACAGCCUCAAGGAUCGGGUCACGUACCAUCAGAUCCUCUCUAGGUCACACGAUACCAAGGAUGCAGAAAUUCCCUGGUUCCCUAGGAAGAUCAAGGAUCUGGAUGAGUUUGCCAACCACAUUCUGAACGCUGGUGGGGACCUGGAGUCAGACCAUCCGGGCUUCACUGAUCCAGUAUAUAGAGAACGCAGAACGCACUUUGCCGACAUCGCUCUCAAGUACCGUCAUGGCGAGCCCAUUCCGCGAGUGACUUACACCGAGAUUGAGAUCAAGACCUGGAACACCAUCUUCACCAACCUGUCCGACCUCUUCAAGACCCACGCCUGCCAGGAGUUCAACUAUGUCUUCCCCCUGCUCAUGGAGAACUGUGGAUACCAACCGGACAACAUCCCUCAGCUUGAAGAUGUCUCAAACUUUCUCAAGGAUUGCACUGGAUUCACACUGCGACCUGUAGCAGGUCUCCUGUCCUCCAGAGACUUCUUGGCUGGUCUGGCCUUCCGUGUGUUCCACAGCACCCAGUACAUCAGGCACCCCAGCAAGCCUAUGUACACCCCAGAACCGGAUGUCUGCCAUGAGCUUCUUGGUCAUGUUCCUCUCUUUGCUGAUCCCAAGUUUGCUCAGUUUUCACAGGAAAUCGGUCUGCUGUCCCUGGGAGCUCCAGAUGAGUACAUUCAGAAGCUUGCCACGUGCUAUUGGUUCACCGUUGAGUUUGGACUGUGCAGACAAAACGGGCAGGUCAAAGCUUACGGAGCUGGACUCUUGUCUUCGUUUGGAGAGUUGAAGUAUUGCUUGUCUGACGAGCCCGAGAUUCGACCUUUUGACCCCGAAAAGACCGCAGUCACAGACUAUCCCGUCACUAAGUUCCAGCCCAUCUACUACUUGGCUGAGAGCUUUGAAGAUGCAAAGGAAAAACUCAGAACAUGGGCCAAGAAGAUUGAACGGCCAUUCAGUGUUCGCUACAAUCCCUACACCCAGUCUGUAGAAGUAUUGGAUCAGAAGGAAUCGCUCAAAGAUAUGGUCACCAGCAUCAAAGGUGAACUGAGCAUUCUGACUGAGGCCUUGGACAAGAUCCAUUAGAGAGAGAGGGGUGAGCAUGAUGUCCAUUUAAGAGGGACCAAAGUUCCAACGAACAAACAUGUAUAAAUUACAUGGAAUAAAAGCACAAACUAGAAAGAUCUUUCAUUUUUGUAUUGAUUGAUAAUUCCCUUACAACUGCACAAAUAAUUUUACAUUUUAGAAAAUGUUUGGUGUAUCAAUUUUGAUACAGCAUAUUAAUGUUGUUUGCCUGAAAUAAAAGAAUGAAUUACUGAAGUAAAAAAAUGGAAAAAAAAAAUUUAUCAUGAACAUACAUGUACAUUUUUCUUUUAGAUGUAUAUUCUUAUCUGUUGUUGUUUCUAUAACUGUUUUUUAAAUAAUGUAAUAAGAAUAUAAUAAAUUCAUUCAUGAUACAUAACGGGGCGUUGUGGCGUGCACCUGUAAUUCAGCUUAUCAAGUUACAAACUGAUUCAGCUGAGGACGCAGGUUCUUUCGGAUGGUGACGGUAAAAGUCGGUCCCCAGACGUAAAUCGUCAUAUCUGGUUAAUACAUGUCUGUAAAAAAAUAAAUUACACACAUUCAUCCUUAAGACUGGAUAGGUAGCAAUACUUAAUUAUGUCUUUACUUGUAUCUUCACUUUAAUUGAAGUCUACUGUUGGUGAGAUGGAUAAGACAAAUUUGUAUACAUUCAUAUUUUUUUAUUUAGUAAAUAUUUUUUGUUUUGGUGGUAGCAUCUCUAUUCUUAUUCCAUAUUUUCCAUUGGUGUGCUGAAUGAAUAGGCUGAAUAUCAUUCAAGUCUACAACAAACAUUCCUGGCAAAAAGGUGAUAGAUAAAUCACAAAUAUUUGAAAGGCUUAUAGCUGUAAAUAACGAAACAUAUUACUGUUUUUACCAAAUACAUAUCAUGUAGGUUAUACAUGUAUUCUUCUAUAUUAUGUUCAUAUACUUUAUACCAUUGAGUGCUUUAUCAGAUCAGCAUUCAGAUACAUGUAAAUUAGUUCAAUAUCGCUUUAAGAGAAACAAAACACGUACUGUGUAUUUGCAUAUUCCCUUGAAGCGAUAUUCGCUACGAUUACAUUAUAUUA